GGACGCGCAGGGCAGGGGCGGCGCGCUCCGGGCUGCAGAGAGCUUCGACCGUCUGGCUGGACGGACGUCCAUCGAACUCGGGGUGCCGGAAACAACCUGAGCAGUUUACAGAUGUCAGGACUUCCAGGACUCCUUGAUUACAGCCAUCUUCUUCAGCGAGUUACUGCUCACUGAACUCCUAUUGGCAAACGGAACUCUCUUGUUUUCUUGCAAGAUGAAAGGAGGCAGCCAUGAAUGAGCCACUAGACAGUUUAGCAAAUGCCUCUGACUUCCCCGAUUAUGGAGCUGCCUUUGGAAACUGCACUGAUGAAAAAAUCCCAUUCAAGAUGCAUUACCUCCCCAUUAUUUACAGCAUCAUUUUCAUCGUGGGUUUCCCAGGAAAUGCGGUGGCAAUUUCCACUUACAUUUUCAAAAUGCGGCCCUGGAAAAGCAGCACCAUCAUCAUGCUAAACCUGGCCUGCACAGACCUGCUGUACCUCACCAACCUCCCUUUCCUGAUUCACUACUAUGCCAGUGGCGAAAACUGGAUCUUUGGGGAUUUUAUGUGCAAGUUCAUCCGCUUCGGCUUCCACUUUAACCUAUACAGCAGCAUUCUCUUCCUCACCUGUUUCAGCAUUUUCCGCUACCUUGUGAUCAUUCACCCGAUGAGCUGCUUUUCCAUUCACACAACUCGAUGGACAGUGGCGGCCUGUGCUGUGGUGUGGGUCAUUUCCUUGGUGGCUGUCAUGCCCAUGACCUUCCUGAUCACAUCGACCACCAGGACCAACAGGUCUGCCUGUCUUGACCUCACCAGCUCAGAUGACCUCACUACUAUCAAAUGGUACAAUCUGAUUUUGACUGCAACCACUUUUUGCCUCCCCUUGGUGAUAGUGACAAUGUGCUAUACAACCAUUAUCAACACCCUAACCCAUGGGCCUCAGACUCACAACUGCCUUAAGCAGAAAGCCCGAAGGCUGACCAUUCUGCUACUUAUUGUGUUCUAUAUAUGUUUUUUACCCUUCCAUAUCUUGAGGGUCAUUCGGAUUGAAUCUCGCCUGCUUUCCGUCAGCUGUUCCAUCGAGAAUCACAUCCAUGAAGCUUACAUCAUUUCGAGACCAUUAGCUGCCCUGAACACCUUUGGGAACCUGUUACUCUAUGUGGUGGUCAGCAACAACUUCCAGCAGGCCAUCUGCUCCUCGGUGAGAGGAAAGCCCAGUGGGGCCCAUGAGCAGACAAAGAAAGUCAGUUGCUCCAUCAAUCCUUAAAAUACUUCACUUACUCAAAAAUAAAUCCCAUGAUUCUUUCUCUAUCACUGCUAACAAGUCCAGACUACUCCACUCAAUGGAAUUCCUAGUAAAUACCGUGAAUUUGGGUUAUUAUAUGCCAAAGCCAAGGGCAGAGCUACUGGUUCUUUGCAAAAUAUUUGUUGAGGUCUUCCUGUGGGUAGGAAUAAGAGUAAGAUGCUUAUAUAAUUGCCCACCACUGGGACUCAGGGCAUCUUGAAGAAGUUUUGUUCCUGCCAAAUUGCUGUAUAUAUACAUGGAAGCUAAAGAUCACACAUUGUAAAGAUCACACACUGGCUGUAGAUCAGUGAUGGCGAAGCUUUUAGAGGCUGCGUGCCCAACUGCAGCCCAAAAUGCACAUAUUCAUUGCAGAGUGCCAACACUGCAGUUAAACUUGAAUACUGAGGUUUUAGUUUAGAAAAAAAAAACCAACUCAUACA